CCGGCGUUUUCUUAAAAAUGUCUACAUUACCGACAUGUACUUGAAUCGUCACGGAAGUGAUCAGUCAUCUUUUUCUGGAACUUUGGAAAUUAAAAGUACUUCUGUAACCGACACAAAGGCGAAUAGUUAAUAAUUCACCACUAGAUUAUUAAUAAUAGUGAUCUGAUUAAUUUUAAUACAAAGUACAAUUGAGAAAUACUAAUUGUUUUCUCUCGUAAUACGUCGUGUGUGGAAGUUUUGAAGGAGGCCAUCUUUGCAAACUACUAUCAGAGGUCCUUGGCUCGAGGUUUCAUUGUCUGGUUGAUAGCCAGUAUUUCGUCAACAUAUAGUUCAUCAAAUGGCUUUAAAAAGAAUUAAUAAGGAACUACAAGAUCUUGGAAGAGAUCCUCCUGCACAAUGUUCAGCUGGACCAGUAGGAGAUGAUUUGUUUCAUUGGCAAGCCACAAUCAUGGGACCACCUGACAGCCCAUACCAAGGUGGAGUAUUUUUCUUAACAAUUCACUUCCCUACAGACUACCCAUUCAAACCUCCAAAAGUGGCGUUCACUACCAGAAUUUAUCAUCCUAACAUAAACAGUAAUGGUAGUAUUUGUUUGGAUAUUCUACGAUCCCAAUGGUCGCCUGCACUAACCAUUUCAAAAGUGUUGUUAUCAAUCUGCUCACUGUUGUGUGAUCCAAAUCCGGACGAUCCUCUAGUACCAGAAAUCGCUAGGAUAUACAAAACCGACAGGGAAAAGUACAACGAGUUAGCGCGCGAGUGGACUCGCAAAUACGCUAUGUGAUGCGCCGGCCCCCUUAUAUUCCCAUACUUCACGUUUUAGAUGAGACAAGUUAUUUAAUUCAAUACAAAAAAAUACAAAUACACAACUCGAAAGGAAAGAGUGGAGGGAAGGAUUGUAACGGGCCAGAUGUUUGGUUAUAUAUUUUGAAUUUAUCUCUGUAUAUUUGCUUUUCAAUUGGACUGUGUUUGCCGAUCCGUCAACCUUCAGACCACAAUAUGCUAACUCAACGAUGAUGAAGAACUCCAUGGUGGUUUUUAAGUUGUGAACUUGUUUCUCAGAACGAAACUUCUAUUGAUCCUGUACUUUAGCCUAUUAUUAUUAUUAUUUCAAUCCAUUUUUUUUUUAAUUAAUAUAUUGUGGUUGUAAGGAAUUGCGUCAGGCUGCGUUCUUUCCCCCAUCACUUUUAAUUUGCCCAACAUCCUUGUCAAUAAACACUAAAGGAAGCACCAACACUGAAUUGUUGCUCGUUUACUGCUGUACAUAAGGGUUUACAAUGUCCGCAACUUUGAACGUUUGUGGUCCCGGAUAUACAGGCGAGGUGUGUUCGAAAUUUUUUACAACACCCUUUACACCGUUCGUUUAUAAUAUAAUUGUUAGAUGAAUAUGUAGGCUCUGUGGUUCGAUUUAAAUGUAUUCAUGAAUAAUAAAUCAUUUCAAGUUUUUUCUCGUCGCUCUUUGAAUGAAGCUACUCAAAACCUAUACAGAUCUAAAUUUGUUCAAUAUUGAACUUAAUCAAAGUAUCAUCGUUAUUUUAUCCGUAAUUUGUUGGAUAUAUUUCCAAACCGACGUGGCUCUAGAAUUAGGAAAUUGUUGCUUAAAGGACCCUUGAAACGAACUUGGUCUGGGACCUUCAAUUGAAGUGAGAAAAUGCUUUUCGGCUUGAAACUUUGUCUCUUUCAUCAUUAUCCACGUGUCCAAGAGUGGAAACUACAUAUAAUCUUAAAUUAGGUGAAUUAUUUAAUGAAAUGAACAAAUCUCUUAGUGUAAAUAAUUUUGGAGUGCCCUGUUUUUUGCAAGAUGAUGGAAAAAUAUGACUACACUAUUUCCACCAAUAAAAAGGCUUGGGGAAGUCCAAUCUUGUAGUAAUCGUAGAUUAAUUUUUUUCUACUCCAUCACUAUGAUUUGUCAUCAUAACAUCCACUAGCGUGGAUUUUCUCUGUAAUUGUAAACUGUAUCAUUGAAUCUGUAAAACUUUUUUAUACAUAAAUAUAGAAUGUGUAAAAAUAACAAGUGAUAGUGAAUAUUCA